CGUUGUAAAUGUUGGGGUGUGGUGUCGGUUGGGUAGCAGUCAAAGCGACUGCUACAUAUGUUAUUUGUUUUUGAAAAGUGCAUAAGCUUUGGAAGGGUAUCCUACGUAAAAAGAUGAAACGAGUGCCUUCGCAUUAUUAUCAUAUACGGGGGAUGCAGAGCGUACACCAAAAUUCCGUGCCACCUGCUCGUACGGCCCUUGUGUACACCUGUCCGUUAUCGGUUAAUUUGUUCUGGCCACAAACAUAGCCGCAUAUAGUGGCACCGCAGAGUUCGUUGCCAGUGCACAUUCGCAUUGUGGCGUAUAAAAAGUUUUGAACUUCGCUCCUUUGUACCAAGAACAAGAGAGGGAAACUUCAUCUCAAAUUACUCCGGGCUUUUCUCCCAUAGCUUAUUUUUACUUUUUCGAGGGUAGGGGAGUGAGGGCAUCCGCGCUCGAUGAGAGCACCUCCCAUUCGUACCUUUUCUCAAGACCAAUUUGUAGCUGCUGUCCGUUUCAUAAGACACACUGCUGCUGCUGCUGCCUUGAAACAGAAUCUUCUACGCUGAUGUAGCAGAGGCAUACAUUGUGAGCAGCCUGUCACUGGGGUGACACACAGUAUCAAAGAAUGGAGAAGGCGGAGCGUGUCUUCCGCUACCCAAAGGCCUCCAACUUGUUGCUUGGGGCUGGGUUGGUAGCAUUUUGUUCGACUAUACUGCUACUGAUCUCCUUCUGUAGUCCUUAUUGGCUGGAGUCAUAUCAAGAAGCAAAUUCUGAGUUCAUUCGUCUUGGACUGUGGGACGUCUGCUUCAGAAACUACCGUCACCCUUCGUACCAGUACGAUGAGACGUUUGACGGCUGCCACUGGAUUCAUUCGUUCGCUUACCAGAAUAUCAGGGACUGGCUACUACCAGGAUGGCUGAUGUUUGUGCAAUCUAUGAUGGCUCUGGCUCUGAUCUUUGCCCUCUUGGCAUUGAUAUUCAUCAGCAUCCUUCUAAUGCGGUACAUGUUGCGCUUUGAGAUCAUCGUCCUCAUCAUUGCUUUUAUCCUUGAAGCCAUUACAUCUGUGCCGGUAUUCCUUGCAAUAGCGGUGUUUGGAGGCAUGUGCUUCGAACGUUCGUGGCUACAGUACCCAACCUACAACCACCUUUCAUGGGCAUAUGCACUCGCUGUUGUGGCGUUCUUUUUCCACGCAGUAGCGGCAAUGAUGCUGCUGCUGGAAGCCUUCAAGGCUCGUGAAAGACGCAGACGUGCCAAUAAUCUCAUCUACAACAUGCAACCCAGGAUGAUGGGCCCGAACGAACCGCCGGCACAGAUUUACCUGUUCCCUGCAGGGGGCACCACAGUCUGAAGGGACAAUAGCCUAUUGUCUUUUAAAGUUGCCCGAAUGAUCGCAAGAGUUGAGUGAGUCUGCAUGAAGAACAUUUCUUGUGCCUCAAAGAAACUCCGUCCAGUUAGUGUCAGUGUCAAGCGCAUUUAUUUAUUGACUGUGUCGUUGUAACAAUAUAGUCUGUAACAAUGUACGUUGCUGCUUACCACUUCCCACUUAUCGCUUUGUCUUUCGACGACGUAAUUUAAUGGAAUGCCGGUAAUGCAGCAUAAUAAAGGCCCACAGUUUCAGGGCAGACCAAAAGCUCCAGUAGUGAGGCCUAGAUCAUAGUUUUUUGUACCGAGGAAAUAAUAUACAGAUUCAAUGUAAUAAUAAAAUUUUCAGCAGGUAUUAUGUGGGGUGACAAGAAAGAAAAAUCUUGGAGUUGUAGACGCCACAUAAAGGCAGAAUCUGCAACUUUUAAUUCAACUGGUGCGACAUCAUUAAGAAAAUGCCAGUGAUGCUCUGUUGUAAUGACGUUAUAGGAAAAAUACUAGUCUCUCAUUGACUUGUGGCACAAGAUUUCUUUCACUGCAUUGUGCUUUUGGUCAGCAGGUUGAGAUCAGUCAUGAAUCGAACAAACUUCCUUUGCAUCCGUUCUAUUUGAUUACAUAAAAUGUAUUUUGCGCUAUUUAAUUAAGUAUUUUUACAGAAAUUUGUUGUCUGAAAUGCCACACAAAGAGCUCUGGAAAGCUUUUUAGUUAUGAAGGUGUUCUAUUUGUGCCCCAUUAUAAAAGAAAAAUCCUAAUAAAGGUGUAAAUUUCAACCAAGCAUUACAGUGGUAAUGCUUUAUGCUUUAUCUCGAACUGGCACUUGUUGAUUAGUCUAUUAGAUUACGCAAAACAACUCGGGCCGGACAUCUUUGGAUGUCAAUAUCAGGGUCAGCAGUGCUGCUCUACUUGUAUUUUGUGAGAUCUCUAGACAACCAAACUGAAUUUUACCGUUUUCUGUUUUUAGUUUUCUGUGGCUGUCAGAUUUUUCUCGUUCAUUUUUCCUGGUGCACCUUCUAUUUCUGCAGCCCUUCAAAUCAGGCAGUUCUUAGACUAUGGCAGAUGAGCUAUAAAGAGCUUUGCAUUCCCAGAUUUCAAUGAUUUCUGAUGAUGACUCCUUCUGUCAGUUAUAACAGAUUAUUUUGUUUAAAAAUUUGCAGUGCGACCUAGUCGUUAGCUAUACCUUCAUUAUAAUUACUAACUCGAAUUGCCACCCAUCCUUGCUAUCGUGUGUGGGCAGCUUACGUGGCUUUAUUACUUAAUUCACCAACAUGGAUGUGCAGCGAGCUGCGCAUGAAAAUCAAAAGUGAAAAUCAUGUCUGUGUAAUUAGAACUAUGCAGAGAGCUUGUUUAGGAAGUGCUAUGGAAGUGAUAUUUUGCUCUAUUUUACGCACCUGUGCAUGAAACGAAUGGCCAGUGCACAUUUUUGUACAAGGGUGUUUAUACUGAAUGACUGUAAACAUGUUUUGAGUUAUGUUCAAUACUGGUUAAUAAACACGUGAACCAUA